CGCGAAGAGCCGCCCGCCGCCGCCCCCCCCAACCCCCCCCCGCCGCCGCCAGCCGCCGCCGCACCGCUCCGGGCCGCGCCGCCCCCGCCAUGCUCCGGCCCCCCGGCUAUGUCCGUGGCUGGUGGCUCCGCUGAUCACGGCUCUGCUGGCGUUUCCGGCUCGCGCUGUCCCCCAUGGGCUCGCCAGUGUCGUUCGUCCUGUCCAGGAUGGCGGCGUGCGGGGGGGCCACUAAGAACAAGCUGACGGUGUCCAAGCGGGUGUGGGACUUCCUGACCAAGGAGAGCCCGGCCAAGCUGGCGCGGCUCAAGGAGGAGACCAAGGUGACCAUCCUGGUGGACGGCGAGACCUCCGACAUCUACGUGCUGCAGCUCUGCGCGCCCGCCCCGGGCACCGCCAACGGCCUCUACCUGGCCCGCAAGGCCCUCAAGGCCCUGCUCAAGGAGACGGAGAAGGAGCUGAAGAAGGCCCAGCGCCACGGCGAGCUGGUGGGCUGCGUGGCCCUGCUGGACAAGAGCGGGCCCGGGCUGGGGGCCCGGGGCCCGGGGGGCGGCGGGGGGCGCGCCGGCGGGGCGCCCGGGGGCUCGCGGGACGAGGAGCCCGACCGGCAGUGCCCCAUCUGCCUGGGCGAGAUCCAGAACAUGAAGACGCUGGAGAAGUGCCGGCACUCGUUCUGCGAGGAUUGCAUCACGCGGGCGCUCCAGGUGAAGACCGCCUGCCCCAUGUGCGGGCGCUUCUACGGGCAGCUGGUGGGCAACCAGCCCCAGAACGGGCGCAUGCUGGUCACCAAGGACUCCAGCCUCCUGCUCCCCGGCUACGAGAAGUUCGGCACCAUCAUCAUCCAGUACGUCUUCCCGCCCGGCGUCCAAGGGGUGGAGCACCCCAACCCGGGCGUGCGGUACCCGGGCACCACGCGGGUGGCCUACCUGCCCGACUGCCCCGAGGGCAACAAGGUGCUGGGGCUGUUCCGCAAGGCCUUCGAGCAGCGCCUCACCUUCACCGUGGGCACCUCCAUGACCACCGGCCGCGCCAACGUCAUCACGUGGAACGACAUCCACCACAAGACCAACUGCACCGGCGGGCCCCAGCUGUUCGGGUACCCCGACCCCACGUACCUCGCCCGGGUGCAGGAGGAGCUGCGCGCCAAGGGCAUCACCGAGGACUGAGCGCCGGGGCCGGGCCCCCCCCUGCCCUCCCCCCGCCCCGGGGCAGCGGGACGUCCCCGCGGCAUCGCCGGGCACGGCCGGGGGGGCCCCCGCCGCCCGCCCCCCCACCGGGCACCGCAGCCUGCAGGCAAGUGGCUUGGGCACCGCCGGGGACGCGAGGAGCCGGCCGGGGCCCCGCACGGGGGUGUGCGGGGGGGGGCACGGUGCCAAGCAGCCCCCCCCCAGCGCCCCGGCACUGCCAGGGCCGUGACGGACGGACGGACGGACGGACAGUGCCACCCUGUAAAUACCCCCCCCCGCCUCCCGCAGCCCCCCGCGGACGGACGGCCAGGCCGGGGGGGCCCGCGCCCCUCUCCCCACCGUGUGCCCUGAGCCGGGGGGGUCGGUGCCCGUCGGGGGGGCGUGGGCAUCGGGUUAAUUUAUUUUUUAUUUCCCCCCCCCGCGUGCCGCCCUCCUGCCCCGCUCUGUAACUUUGACCCAAUAAAAAAUAUGCAAGACUG